AUGACUCUGGACUCCAAAGACUGUGAAGAGUGGACUGCCAGACGGGUCCGCGACACCUUUCUGGACUUCUUCAGGAAAAAUGGCCACACUUUCGUUCCUUCUUCCCCUGUUGUGCCUCACUCGGAUCCCACUCUUCUUUUUACCAAUGCUGGGAUGAAUCAAUUUAAAUCUAUAUUCCUAGGGACUGUCGAUCCGCACUCUGAUUUUGCAAGACUGAAAAGUGCAGUCAACUCGCAAAAGUGUAUCCGCGCUGGAGGAAAGCAUAAUGAUUUGGACGAUGUAGGGAAGGACAGUUACCACCAUACGUUCUUUGAAAUGCUCGGAAACUGGAGUUUCGGUGACUAUUUCAAAGAAGAUGCUAUCCGUUACUCAUGGGAACUGUUGACAAAAGUGUAUGGCAUCGAUCCCCAGCGCCUCUAUGUGACCUAUUUUGAAGGUCAUGAAGAGGGUGGCUUGGAGCCUGAUUUGGAGGCCAAGGCUCUAUGGACUGCUGUAGGCGUACCAGAGGACCAUAUUCUCCCGGGAAAUAUGAAAGACAAUUUUUGGGAGAUGGGCGAUCAAGGUCCCUGUGGGCCUUGUAGUGAGAUUCACUACGAUCGAAUUGGUGGGCGCAAUGCCUCUCAUCUUGUCAAUCAGGACGAUCCCAAUGUGCUUGAAAUAUGGAAUAAUGUCUUCAUACAGUACAACCGGGAAACGGAUCGGACGUUGCGGCCCUUGCCUAACAAGCAUGUUGAUACUGGAAUGGGAUUCGAGCGUCUGGUAUCCGUACUCCAAGACAAAUCCUCCAAUUAUGACACCGACGUCUUUUCUCCAUUGUUUGGAGCCAUUAAAGACAUCACAGGAGCACGUGAAUAUCGAGGAAUGUUUGGCUCUGGUGACGCUGAUGGUAUUGACACGGCUUACCGUGUUGUUGCGGACCACGUUCGGACCUUAACCUUCGCCAUCUCAGAUGGCGUGACGCCGAACAGUGACGGCCGUGGCUAUGUGGUACGACGAGUUUUGCGCCGAGGCGCCCGCUAUGCUCGAAAAUAUUUCCAAGUCGAGAUAGGUAACUUUUUCUCAAAAUUGGUCCCCAUUUUGGUCGACCAACUUGGGGAGAUGUUUCCAGAACUGAGGAAGAAACAGCAAGAUGUCAUGGAAAUCUUGGAUGAAGAGGAGAUUUCAUUCGCCAAGACUUUGGACCGUGGUGAGCGACAAUUCGAAAGCUAUGCACAACAAGCGAAACUUAAGGGUAACGACAAACUACAUGGGGCUGACGUUUGGCGACUGUAUGACACAUUUGGGUUUCCGGUUGAUUUAACUCGCCUUAUGGCAGAGGAAAGGGGUUUAAAGAUUGACGAUACUGAGUUCGAAGAGGCACGUUUGAAGGCGAAAGAGGCCAGUAAAGGGCAGAAAAAAUCCGCAACAGACACGGUUAAGUUGGAUGUCCAUGACCUGGGCAAGUUGGAGAAAAUGAAUGACGUUCCGAAAACCGAUGAUAGUUUCAAGUUCGAAAUGUGCAACAUCAAUGCGGAAGUCAAAGCAAUCUACCACGGGAAAGUAUUCCACUCGGACACUGCCGUCAUAUCAGCCGGAGAACAAAUUGGAAUCAUACUUGAUCGCACCAACUUUUACGCUGAGCAGGGCGGACAGGAAAAUGAUAUUGGGAGGAUCAUCAUUGAUGGGAAAGCCGAGCUAGAAGUCAGUGAUGUUCAGCUUUACGCUGGCUAUGUCCUCCAUACAGGUUUCAUGAAGUAUGGCUCUUUCUCCGUGGGAGAUACUGUCCUUUGUGAGUACGACGAGCUUCGUCGCUGGCCCAUCCGGAACAACCACACGGGAACACACAUCCUGAAUUUUGCACUCAAGAGAGUUCUUGGUGAUUCGGUUGAGCAAAAGGGGUCUCUUGUUGCUGCCGAAAAGCUCAGGUUCGACUUUUCGCAUAAAUCAGCUGUGACAGAAAAAGAGCUCGAGAGGAUCGAGGACAUAUCCACUGAAUACAUUCGACAGAACUGUGACGUUUAUUCACAAGAAGUCCCUCUUGCCACUGCUCGUCAAAUCACAGGCGUUAGAGCUGUCUUCGGCGAGACAUACCCGGACCCUGUCCGGGUAGUCUCUGUUGGCGUGGAGGUGGAAGAAAUUCUUCAAAAUGUGAAAGACCCUCGCUGGAACGAAGUCAGCAUUGAGUUCUGUGGCGGCACCCAUGUUCAGAAAACUGGCGAUAUCAAAGACCUCGUCAUUUUAGAGGAGAGUGGUAUCGCGAAAGGUAUUCGCCGGAUCAUCGCCGUGACUGGGGAAGAUGCCCAUAGAGUGCAGCAAGUUGCGACAGACUUUGCCAAGCGACUAGACCGCCUCGACGCUAUGCCUUUAGGGCCGCAAAAAGAACAAGAAGCUAAGCAAGUGCAGGUUGAGCUCAAUCAACUUUCGAUUUCCGCUGUGCAGAAAUCUCGGCUUCGGGAACGUUUUGCAGCCAUCAACAAGAAGGUCAUUGAUGGACAAAAAUCACUGCAAAAACUCGAAUCCAAGAAGGCCCUUGAUGCCAUCACCUCUUACUUUGAAGCCCCCGAGAAUAGUGAAAAAUCCUGGUUAGUCACCAGGCUUCCUAUUUCGGCAAAUGCGAAAGCCGUCAGUGAGUCUUUGAACUUUGUCAAAUCCAAACUACAAGAUAAGACAGUCUAUGUUCUAGCUGCAGAUUCUGAACAGGGUCGAGUGGCUCAUGGAUGCUACGUGUCCAAGGCAAUGAUUGACCAGGGUGCCUCGGCAAAUGACUGGGCUGCCACAGUCUCUGGUGCUGUCGGAGGGAAAGCCGGUGGGAAGGGUCCAACGUCAAUUGGCAAUGGCGUUCACCCAAAUAAGGUUGAAGAGGCCAUCGCAUUGGCUUCUGAUUAUCUUUCUAAAUUCAGCAUCUGA